UUCGGCGACACGUGCGUUGGUGUUAGCGGUUAUCUGAGCAGCGCGGUGGUUUGUAUUUCUAACUAGAUCUAUCAGGUCGGAAACCCAGAAAACGAUGGCUUCUGUCGGGACACAGGGCAGGAAGAGGCUCCUGAAGGAGGAGGACAUGACCAAGGUGGAGUUUGAGACCAGCGAGGAGGUGGACGUCACCCCCACGUUCGACACAAUGGGGCUCCGGGAGGACCUGCUCCGCGGGAUCUACGCCUACGGCUUUGAGAAGCCGUCGGCCAUCCAGCAGAGAGCAAUCAAGCAGAUCAUCAAGGGCCGCGACGUCAUCGCUCAGUCUCAGUCUGGAACCGGAAAGACAGCCACCUUCUGUAUCUCCGUUCUCCAGUGCCUGGACAUCCAGGUGAGAGAGACCCAGGCUUUGAUUCUCGCUCCGACCCGAGAGCUGGCGGGACAGAUUCAGAAGGUGCUGCUGGCUUUGGGAGACUACAUGAACGUUCAGUGUCACUCCUGCAUAGGGGGCACCAACGUGGGGGAGGAUAUCCGUAAACUGGACUACGGGCAGCACGUGGUGUCUGGCACCCCUGGACGAGUCUUUGACAUGAUCCGGCGUCGUAGUCUGAGGACCAGAGCCAUCAAGAUGCUGGUUCUGGAUGAAGCCGAUGAGAUGCUGAACAAAGGUUUCAAGGAACAGAUCUACGAUGUUUAUCGGUACCUUCCUCCCGCAACGCAAGUGGUUCUCAUCAGCGCCACACUACCGCAUGAAAUCCUGGAAAUGACCAACAAGUUCAUGACCGACCCCAUCCGCAUCCUGGUCAAACGUGAUGAAUUGACUCUGGAGGGCAUCAAGCAGUUCUUUGUUGCUGUGGAGAGGGAGGAGUGGAAGUUUGACACUCUGUGUGACCUGUACGACACUCUGACCAUCACACAGGCGGUCAUCUUCUGCAACACCAAGAGGAAGGUGGACUGGCUGACUGAGAAGAUGAGGGAGGCCAACUUCACGGUGUCCUCGAUGCAUGGAGACAUGCCGCAGAAGGAGAGGGAGUCCAUCAUGAAGGAGUUCAGAUCUGGAGCUAGCCGUGUCCUGAUCUCCACAGACGUGUGGGCUCGAGGUCUGGACGUCCCUCAGGUGUCUCUCAUCAUCAACUAUGACCUGCCCAACAACAGAGAACUUUACAUCCACAGGAUUGGUCGAUCUGGUCGUUACGGCAGGAAGGGUGUGGCCAUCAACUUUGUGAAGAACGACGACAUCAGGAUCCUGCGAGACAUCGAGCAGUACUAUUCCACCCAGAUCGAUGAGAUGCCCAUGAACGUGGCCGACCUGAUCUGACCUGAUGACAUCACAGCCCAGACCCCCCUCUGUUUUCUUUUUAAUGGAUCCUCGGUUCUUGUUUUACCUGUCCAGCGGGCGUUGGCUGUAAAAACGUCAGCUGUUUUUGUAAAUAAAGUUUUUUUGGUUUCAUGAU